UGUAUCCAUCUGAAUCACUUCUCAGCAGCUCCAACCCAUUAUUUGGUACGAAGAAGCUUUGAACCUAAUCAGCUUUUUUAGAAGUACUACUACUUUUGAGAGCAAAUGAAUAGCAGAAUUUGCAAAUCAAAAUGCUUAUGCUCAUCAAACUGUCUUUCACACCAGAAGAAUCAAGUUACCAGUAAUGAAUCAGUUCAUGGUUCAGAUUUGGCAGUGCAAUAUUUGUCAACCUACAAUGUUUGUGUAGAGCAAAACCAAGUCUGCAAGUGUGAUCUUCAAACUACAAAUGUUGAUGAUGAUCAUUACCAUGGAAACCAAGCGGCCAAUUGUUCUUUCACUCAUGCUGUCAUCAAUAUGAUUGGCAUGCUCAUAGGUUUGGGACAACUAUCAACUCCAUAUGCUCUACAAAGUGGAGGUUGGAUUUCAGCAUUCUUGUCAGUAGGACUUGGGAUGGUUUGUGCAUAUAGUUCACAUUUACUUGGGAAAUGCUUAGACAAGAAUCCAAAAGCAAGAAGCUAUUCAGAUAUUGGUCAACAUGCUUUUGGAAGAAAAGGAAGAGUUUUAACAACAACUUUCAUUUACAUUGAAAUCUUCAUGGCCCUUGUCUCUUACACAAUCUCAUUGCAUGACAAUAUAAUUAGAGUCUUCUUUGGAACUCAUCUAACCUUGGCUUGGGCCAAAUUGUCCACUUCCCAGCUUCUUACUCUGAUUGCAGUUUUAAUAGCACUACCAAGUCUAUGGCUGAGAGAUCUUUCUUCCAUUUCUCUUCUCUCUUUUGGUGGUAUUCUUAUGUCAAUUAUAAUUUUCUCAACUGUGGCUUGCACUGCCAUUUUUGGAGUUGUUAAAGCUAACCAUAGGGUACCAGCUCUUAAUCUUCACAAUAUUCCUUCAAUUUCUGGGCUUUAUAUAUUCGGCUAUACAGGACAUAUUGUUUUCCCUGACUUGUACAAAGGCAUGAAAGAUCCUUCAAAGUUUACCAGGGUAACUAUAGUCAGCUUCACCAUAGUCACCCUACUCUACACACUGCUAGCUUUCAUGGGUGCAAAAUUGUUUGGACCGGAAGUAAAUCCCCAAAUUACCCUUAGCAUGCCUCCACAUCUAAUUGUGACAAAGAUUGCAUUAUGGGCAACUGUGCUAACACCAAUGACCAAAUAUGCAUUGGAAUUUGCACCCUUUGCUAUUCAACUUGAGAACAACCUUCUUCCUCAAUCCAUGAGUUCAAGAACCAAAAUGAUCAUUAGAGGAAGUGUUGGUUCAAUUCUUCUUCUGAUUAUACUUAUUUUGGCCCUUUCUGUGCCAUAUUUUGAGCAUGUUCUUGGCCUCACUGGCUCAUUGGUCAGUACUGGAGUAUGCCUGAUUCUACCUUGUGUCUUCUACAUCAAGAUCUAUUGGGGUCAGAUACCAAAACCUAUUCUGGUUCUUAACCUCAUUUUCAUUGCAUUUGGUUCUUUUCUUGGGGUAUUUGGAACCAUUUCUUCAUCAAAGUCUCUCAUAAAAAAAUUCAUGAAAGCUCACUCAGCCUAAGAGAUCAAAAGAUCCAAAGAUUAUGAUCAGUUGCCCUAUAAAUAUAUGAUCAGUAUUUCAUCAGAUCGAACUGAAAAGAGACUGAUGAAUGAUAAAAUGUGAAUGAUAAUAUGUGUUUCAAUAGUACAAGAGGGGAUACAUAAAAGGCUGGCAGGAGACAGUGCACUUGUGAUAAAGAGUGUUUUCCUUGUACUUAAUCAUUAUAGUUUUUUCUUUUUUGGAUGUUCUCUAUUUACACUUUAAUUUGUAAUAUGCUAUGAGCAUGGAGAUUCUUCAUGGAGUCUCAAAUAAUAAUGGUUUUCGUUUUUGAGAGGAAGGAAAAAUAAAUUGUAGCUAUUUCAUGAUAGCUAGAUAUUCUAACUUAGUA